AUGUCUUCAAAUGUUCUCUGCUUCCGCAACAGGAAGUUGCUCGGAUGUCGUUGGGCUGGGGGAGUCCGUGAUGUGCCAGGUUUAUGGGAGUUUUUGACGAACAACCGCUCUGAAUACAAAGACUGGGCAGAGCCUCGCUUCUCCGUCAACGGAUUCUACCAUCCAAACCCCGAUCGCCCGGGCACUACAGCUGCUAAAGGCGGAUACCUGACUGAUGACCCACGGCUUUUUGACCCCGCGUUUUUCGGUAUCUCGGGCCUUGAAGCAGAGACCAUUGACCCCUCACAACGAAAACUUCUGGAAGUGGUUUAUGAGGCAUUUGAAAGCGCAGGAGAGACGUGGGAGAGUGUCAACGGAACUCGAACUGGCGUCUACGUUGCCGAUAUAUCGUAUGACAACGCGUACGCGCAGACACGAGACUUCGAUUAUGCUCGACCCCACGCCACUACAGGAGUUAGUCAUAACAUGCUAAGCAACCGCAUCAACUAUGUUUUCAAUCUGUCUGGUCCGAGUGUCACAAUUGACAGCGCCUGCACCUCCUCUUUGUAUGGCCUGCAUAUUGCCAUGCAGGCCAUCCGGGAUGGAGAUUGUGAUUCUGCAAUUGUAGCCACAUCCAAUUGGAUUAUGGACCCAUCUAUGCAGAUUGCCAUGGACAAACUCGGCGCUCUAUCGGCUACUUCUAUGAGCCACGCCUUUGACGCUGCAGCCGACGGGUAUGCUAGAGGCGAGGGCUUUGCUGCUAUUUAUUUGAAAACCCCGGAAAAGGCCAUGCAAGAUGGAUCCCCCAUUCGUGCCCUGGUAAGAGGUAGCGCCAUUGGUGCCAAUGGCCGCUCGAGCGGUAUCACUCAUCCCAGCGGUUCAGCACAAGAGGACAUUAUUCGCAAAGCAUACGCCAACGCUGGCGGGCUACUACCCUCCAACACCCCAUUUCUCGAAUGCCACGGGACUGGAACCCGGGUUGGAGAUCCCCUUGAGGUAGAGGCGGCUGGCAAUGUAUUUGGGCUGGGCCGCUCCGAUGACCCAGACGACCGUCUACUCAUCGGGUCAGUCAAGACGAAUCUGGGACACACUGAGGGUGCUGCAGCACUUGCCAGUAUCUUCAAGGUGGUUCUUGCCCUGGAGGCCGGGAUGAUUCCACCGAGUGUCGGUGUCAAGACACUGAACCCUAAGAUCGACUUUGACAAAGCCAAAGCCAAGGUCGUGACAGAGCUUAUGCCUUGGCCCAAAGGAAAGCCAAGGCGAGCUAGCGUUACUUCUGCUGGCUUUGGAGGCUCUAUUGGGCACUGCAUUAUUGACCAUGUCAACGUUGUAUACCCUGAAUACACCAAGCCGGACUUUAUAGUCCAUAAGGCUUCAGUGUUUGCAAAUGGCACACAAAGCAUGGACAUUACUAACGAACCCACCAGGCUUCCGCAUGUUAAUGCAGAUGCUAGAUUUCCCGAGACUCAGCAUCAGAAUGGCUUUGCGACAAAUCACCACCCUACACUCCUCUGUGAACCACGGACAGUUGGGAAGGCUGAUGCUGUCACUCGCAAAUUCGUUCUACUUCCCUUCUCGGCCCAUAAUGAUACCUCACUCAAAGCCAAUAUUGCCAUACUCUCACACGACAUUGGACGCCAUUCACUAGCAGAUGUUGCAUACACUCUUGCAGCCCGACGUUCCAAGCUACCUCGGCGGACCUUCCGCAUCGUGGAUCAUGAGAACAGUGGCAGGGAACUUGUGGAAGACGUACAACAGAUCUUCACAAGCCCAUCUGAGGAUGCUCGUCUUGGCUUCGUUUUCACUGGCCAAGGCGCACAAUGGCAUGCGAUGGGUGCCCAGCUUCUUGAGUAUAAGGCUUUUCGCGCCACUAUCAAGCACUUGGAUCAGGUUCUAGUAAUACUUCCGGGAAAACCUCCCGCCUGGACUCUGAUCGAUGUUCUUUCCGGAAACUACAACGCAGAACAUGUCCAGAUGCCCGAGAUUUCGCAACCAGCAUGCACAGCCGUUCAAAUAGGACUGGUAGAUCUGCUUGCAACAUGGUCUAUUCGGCCCUCAGGUGUCAUCGGGCACUCCUCCGGCGAGAUUGCUGCAGCAUAUGCCGGAGGCUUCAUAACUGCGGCUGAAGCAAUCGCAGCAGCUUACUUGCGUGGGCAUGCUGUCUCUCGAAACAAGCGGAGAGGUGCCAUGUUGGCAGUUGGCCUAAGUAUUGAAGAGACCCACAUAUACCUCAAGGGUUUGGAACAAGACAUCAAAAUCGCCGCCUAUAACUCGCCGGGCAGUCUCACUUUAUCUGGCGAUCAAGACUCAAUUGAGGUGCUCGCCGCAACCCUAACUUCGGAUGGCGUCUUUAACCGACUACUAAAAACAGGUGGGAAUGCUUAUCACUCACACCAUAUGGGUGCAAUAGGGGAAAAUUACGAAGCGCUGCUUACAGCUGGGUUCGACCAUCUCAAGAAGCUCGGGUUACGCGAUCAACGCCAUCGAUACCCUCUCACCCAUUGGACUUCAUCUGUCACUCCAAAUAAGAAAAUGACUGCCGAAGAGUUGCGCCCAUCCUACUGGAGAGCUAAUCUUGAGUCGGCAGUUCGUUUCACAGAAGCAAUCACCAGUCUGUUAGAACAAGAAGACCAGGGUGUUGGAGCAUUCCUCGAGAUUGGACCGCACACCGCGCUGAAGAGUCCCCUAAACCAAAUAAAUAAAGGCAUCGGAAGAGCGCUUCCGUACGUUGGUUCUCUGAAAAGAGAUGAGGAUAACCGCAUGUCCUUGUUGAAUCUCGCUGGAAACCUAUUCUGCCUUAACACGAAGAUCAACCUUGCCGCGGUCAACGCAACAGACGACAAUGAUACAGAGGCUCAACAGACACUCAUUCAUGGUGUCACUGCUAAAGAUCUACCGCCAUAUCAGUAUACAUACGGUCCAAUCAGCUAUUUCGAGAGUAGGCUAAGCAAAGAGUUCCGCUUGCGCAAAGUUCCCAGGCAUGACCUCACAGGAUCUAAGUUGGCAGGUAGUGCAAAGCUCCGUCCGCAGUUUCGUAACAUCUUGCGUUUGAAGGAUCUUCCAUGGUUGGGCGAACACCGACUGCUUCCAGAUGCCGUUUUCCCGGCAGCUGGAUACAUGUGCAUGGCCAUGGUUGCAGCAUCACAGGUUUACGACGAGUUUCCGAACGCUCUCUCAGUAUCGGGCUACUCUCUGCGCAACGUGGAUAUCAAAACUGCUUUGAAGAUUCCUGAGGAUCAGUACGGCAUUGAGAUCAUGCUUAGCUUGGAACUCACCGAUACAGAAACAGCAAAGAAACCAGCUUGGGCUACCUUCUCUGUCAGUUCUGUCGCCCGGGACUCUGAUCAGUGGACUGAGCAUUGCACUGGGCAAGUCAUGGUGGACGUCUCAAAUGAUUGUCUUCAUGAUAAAAUGAGAGUCAGCGAUACUGAGGAAUCUCGAGCUGUGAACACACAGGCGUGGUACAAGAAGUUUGCCUCUAUCGGUCUGGGUUACGGAACAGCCUUCCAGGCACUAUCGAAUAUCCGUGCCGACCCCAUGGAAAACCUUGCAUCCGCCAGGCUGAAUCUCAAGACAACGUCUGGCACAAUCAAGGGCGGCGAAUCCGGCUAUCCUAUUCACCCUGCGUCUUUAGACUCUGUAAUCCAGCUCGGGCUUCUGGCAUCUCACGGUGGCCAGACUGAAAGGCUCAGCAGUGCAUUUGUGCCAGUUCACCUGUCUCAGCUGUACUUGCGAGCCGGAAAUGACCAGGACUGGGGAACGGCUGUUGCUUCCGGUGAGCUGAGAGGGCUCAGGUCAGCCUAUCUCAAGUUGCAGCUGCAAGACCAAGCUGGAGGUAUCGUCCUCAACGUUGAGGAGCUCCGUUGUGUCCGUUACAAUCUUGACGAACAGACGGCUGGGAAGAGCCACACGCAGGCCUUCUCCAGCCCCUUUCUGCGGAUGAUCUACAAGCCUGAUUUCCGUACGCUAAGUAAACGACAGAUUCAAACACUUUUCAAGCCACCGCCAGAGAACUUGUCUUGUGUCCCUGCCUUAGAGCAUCUAGAGUUCAUGGCUGCACUGAUCGCUGUUGACGUAUAUGAAAGACUAAUUAACGGUCUUGAUCCGGCCACGUGGAUAAACACGAACUCAAAUACACACUACAUCGAAUGGAUCAGGAGAAUUGUUGAAGAAGGCGCCUCAAAAGAAAUUCUUGAAGCUAAAAUGAGUCCCGCUCUCCAGCGACUACAAUCAAUACGGGACGAGUAUCAAGAGUGCAAGAAUCUUGUUGAGGCAAACGCCUUACUACGUCUGCAUGAGAAUAUGGAAGACAUUUUGCAGAACCGUAAGAUGGGAGAGGAAGUUCUAGGCCAAGGAGGUCUUCUGGCUGACUUCUUCGACAAAAGCCUGUUAUUAAUCGGGGCCUACCCACAGCUCGUUAACAUCUUUGGCUCCAUGAGCCACGCCAACCCGAGUUUACGGAUUCUGGAGAUCAAGGGAGGCCGAGGACGUACGGCAAAAGCGAUUCUAGAAAGACUUACCUCGGAGAAUGGUAUCAAGUUUUACCGGGAUUAUACUGUCACCGACAUUUCCGAGGCUGCUCUACAGACAAGCCAGGAAGAGCUUGCAGGCUAUCACGACGUCACUUUCUCCAUUUUAGAUAUGGAGCAAGACACCUUGAGCCAGGGUUACCAGGAAGCAGCGUAUGAUGUGGUGGUAGCGUCUCAGGCCAUACAUACAGCGUCUUCCAUCACCAAGGCGUUAGAGAAUGUCCGAAGACUUCUAAAGCCAGGCGGCAAGCUCGUUCUCGUUGAAGCAACAGGUAGUAUCAACAGUAACUGGGUCGGCUUAGUAGGUGGAGCACAAGCUAGUUUCUGGCACACGUUCGAAGAUGGCCGUAUCAACAGCCCUCUCUUAGACGUGCAGGCAUGGGAUUCAGCUCUUCUAUCGACCGGCUUCUCGGGUUCUGAGUUGGUGCUGGACGACUACCCGCGCCCGAGGACCCAUUCCACCGUCAUUGUUUCUACUCUAGCCGAGCAUAAGGAUCCAGGUCGUCAAACUCCUGACCUCCCAGUUGUCUGUCUCCUUCACAGUCAAGAAGGGGCCCCAAAACUCUUGGAUCAGUUAAAAAAUACGCUACAAGGACGAGGACAGAAUACAAAGACCAUAAUACUCGAAAACGUAUUGAGUGAGAUGCCCGAUAACGCGCGGGUUAUUGCGUUUCUCGACGGUGAAUAUCUGAUGCUUGACGCCGAUCAGCGCCGGCUCGACGUUUUCAAACACCUAGCCCGCCACACAGCUAGCAUGGUAUGGAUCACUUCUACAGGCAUGGCACAGGGCCGCAGCCCGAACGGUUCUGUCUUGGGUGGACUCCUACGGACCAUCGCAACCGAGGCUCCGACAGGACGGUUCUUCUCAGUUGACGUGGAUGCCGAUAAUUUUAAUAUGAAUCCUGCUGAUACAGAGGAAUUCUUACGCAUUCUUGUUGUCCGAGAAGAAAAUCUUCAACAAUUGGCAAGAGGUGAUAACGUUGAAGAUGGCGAAUUUGCCUGGCAUACUGGCUGUUGGUGGGUGAGCCGACUGGUGCCUGAGAUGGCGUUGCGUGGCUACGCAGAGCAACAUGUCCGGCCGGCAACGCACAAUUUCAAGGUUCUGCCGCUUGACAGCCAAGGGCCUAUGAGAGUUGAUUUUGAGACUCCAGGAAUUCUCAGUUCAAUCUUCUUCUGCCCGUACACAGAACUGCUUCGACAACCGCUGCCACCCAAUUUUCUCGAGGUCAAGGUAGCCGCUGUUGGUUUGAACUGGAAAGAUUUAGCACUUUCUGCAGGCCGCUUUGAUGGGAACAAUCUAUCUUCAGAGUACGCAGGUGUUGUUACACAAGUCGGCACCAAUGCGGGAGAUUACUUUGCUGUGGGUGACCGCGUGUAUGGCUUAGGCAAGGGUCAUUUCGGCAAUUAUGCCCGCGUACCUAUGGAAAUGGCGCGGAAGGUCGGCCCCGAUGAUGAUCUAGUCAAAGUCGCCACUAUGCCUGUGGUUUACAUGACCGCUAUAUACGCCUUCGAGCAUUUGACACGACUGCGCAGAGGCCAAAAGGUCUUGAUCCAGUCAGCAUCGGGCGGUCUGGGACUUGGUGCCAUCCAGCUGGCGCGUGCCAAAGGUGCUGAGGUCUUCGCGGCGGCUGGAUCACCUGAAAAGCUGCGCUUCCUGGUAGAGUCGAUCGGGGUGUCACCUUCAAAUGUAUACCUGGCACGCGAACCAGCCGAGCUCAUACGGACGAUAAGCGCGACCCAGAAUGGAGGCUUCGAUGUCAUCCUCAGCACCGCUCAAGGCGAGAUGUUAUAUCAGACCAUGAAGGCUCUGGCGCCACUUGGCCACUUGAUCGACGUCGGGCGUAUGGAUGUCAGUGAUGCCAAAACAAUUGGCCUGGAGCUCUUCCAGAAGAGUGCCAGUCUUUCCUCGUUUGAUCUUGUCCGUGUGGUUGACCACGACCCAGAGCUUGGUGCUCAACUUAUGAAGACGGUAGACGAACACUAUCGUGCCGGCCUCAUCGGCCCUAUUCUUCCUCUGGCCACUUCAGAUAUAUCUCAGCUUGAUCAAACAAUGCUUGCAUUCUCCAAGGGCAAACAUGUCGGCAAGCUGGUGGUUACGUUUCUCAAUCCUGACUCUCUCGUACGUAUGGUACCAGCAACGCCAGUGUCUAAAUUCGACACCGAGGCAUGGUACAUCGUGGCGGGGGGACUGAGUGGUCUUGGUCGGUCCAUUAUUCUAUGGAUGGCUGAGCGAGGUGCUCGGUAUAUUGCCAUUCUAUCCCGUCGUGGUGAUACUGCUCCGGAGGCACAAUCUCUGGUCAAUGACAUGGCCAAGCGUGGCGUUCAAAUGUGGCCGGUCGCCUGCGACCUUGCAAAUCAAAGGCAGGUUAUGCAGGCAAUCGAACAAGCAUCAGCCACAAAACCUAUCAAAGGCGUCGUGCACUGUGCAGUGUUAUACGAAGAUAUCUCCUUCGAUCGGUUAUCACUUGAAGGCUGGCGUAACGGCCUCGCCGCGAAGGUCACAGGUACAAUGAAUCUACACGAGGCUACCAAGGGUUUGUCACUAGACUUUUUCGUCAUGACCACGUCCAUUCUUUCGGUGGUCAGCUUCGCGACCCAAUCUGCGUAUAAUGCAGCAAACAAUUUUCAGGAUCAUUUUGCGCGUUACCGCCGCCGCCUUGGUCUCCCAGCCACAGCCGCUCAGUUCGGCUUGGUCAACGACGUCGGCCAUCUGAGCACAGUUGCUUUAACGCUCGAUCUUAUGAACCGCAACAAGGUCGUUACUAUAUCCGAGAGCCAAUUUCUACAGCUUUUGGAGCCGGCGUUUCUCAGCCAAGAAGCCACCCAAGCCGGUUCAACAUUCACCGGUGUCGCGGACGAUCCGCUUGCUGCAGCUACGUACGUCACUUGCGUGAACCCGGCCGAUAUGGCCGCUAGGGAGCAUGACGACGGCGAUUUGGCUUCCUCCAAUAGCCCUUCACCUCGUUGGUACAGCGACGGACGUGUUUCGCAUGUCAUUCGCGCCUUUGAAGACGCGCUGCGGCAUCAGCGAGAAUCAGGUAAUACUAGUACAUUUGGCCCUGACGGAACCGACAAUGGACCGCGGGCAAAUACAGCUCGGCUUCGGCGUGAUUUUGAUGAGAUAAUGAACCGUACAUGCGCCGCGGCAGAUGGUGGAUCUGACCAUCGGUCUUUGUACCGCUCUAACGCAAUCGAACUUGUCACGAUAGCCAUCUCAGGAGCGGUUGCAAAUAUGCUGCUGAUGGAUAUUGCAGGAGUGAGCACAAUGCGCAGUGUUGCGGAUCAUGGUGUUGAUAGCCUGAUUGCUGCUGAACUACGUCAUUGGCUUCACCUGGCUCUGGGCUCCAAAAUCAGUAUGAUAGAUCUACUGGAUCCUCACAUGAACAUCAAGGCAUUGGCAGCUCAUAUUGUGGACGCAGCUAUGACGGCACACAAGUGA